AUGGCCUCUGAACAAGCACCACCUGGAGAGGGUUCUACCUCUGAGCGCGCACCGACGUCUGGGCUUGUGAUGAGGACAUGGUUUGGGACCGAUUCGUCGACAACGCAACCCCAGGUUCAGCAUCACAACCCGCGCUCAGCUGCCAGAGCAGCAGCUGUGCAGAAGAAGAAACCACAACUAGAAACUGCUCAGAAUACAAAUACGUACCGUGUCAUCCACCCGUCAAGUACGAUAGGGAACACCCAGUCGCAGGCGAUGGCGCCACCGCCGAUCCCGUCUCAUGCACCUUAUCUUCCUGCUCGUCGGAUGGACCAUCGUGAAGUGCAAGUCCCGCGCGUCACUGGAAAACGUGCUACGGAUACUCGCGACAGAGAUGCCGAAUCCUCCACGGCGUCUGCGUCUACAUCGCAACAAAGCGGCCAGGUCUCUCUGAACGCGAGCACAAGCGCGGGACAUAUAGGCAGUAGACCUGGUGGUUCAUACACACAAGUGACGCAUGAGCAACCAAAUCAGCAGCCUAUUGCUACAGAUCUGCGGCUUUCUCAGCGUCUCCGCCUCGAUCCCCUUGCAUCAUCAGGUCGACUUCGCCCUGCAUCGUGGACAUCGUCAAGCUCGCAAUGUUCGUCACAGUCUGCCGCCCGUUUGCCAGAAAUCGUGCCCACAGAGGGUUUCCCCGAGGAUGAUAUGGACAUCGACGGCCUUGAAAGUAUAUCCAUGCAAGGAACCGGCACAGGCAAAUAUCAUGGUGGAAAAGGAACAACUGGCCAAGGGACGACUAACGCAAAGGAAGUCAACAUGCACGCGGAAAAUGGCUUCAACGCUGGCUGGCGGCGCUUCGGCCCUGUUGGCAGGGACAUUGCGGACUAUGUCUCGCACUAUCCAUCCACACCGAAAAUCGACUGGCCGUCUGAGCUGACGACAAUCGCGCCCUUCCUCCCGGACGAACGCUUCGCAGACGAAGUGAGGAACAAGCUGCAAAGGCACCAGAAUUAUCUCGAGAACGCGACGAAGAAGUUUCGCAGUUCAAGGGAGCGUCCGGACCUAUGUAUGCAUGUGCCGUACAAGGAUGCGCGCGACGCCAUGAGGCAAAUACGGGAGUGCAUGAAGAAGGGUAUCCCUCUUGCCUUCGAUGACUUCCCGGACUCCGUCCUUUUUGCUUCUACGCGGAGCAGUGCCGCUGAUGGUGACCCCUUCAUGGACCCCAUUCGAUGGAGCCAAGAUUACAACAAAGGCAACAUAGGCGCGUGUCUGCCCACGCCGCGCACAUUCAGAGACUCAGCAUUGCGAGAGGCUAGAAACUCGCGUCCGGUCGUCACCGCCACUCUCUCAGACUUCAAGGAGUGGCUGAAGUCGCCGUGCAUCAUACGCGGUAUCUCGGACGUGCCGUGCGGGCUGCGGCAAGCAGACGAUAUCACAGACCGCAUCUCGGACAAUGUCGUCCAGAAUCGCCAAGACAGGUUCGGAAAAGGCUAUCGCGGGCAUCGCAUUAUCGUCCACAGCAUGAUGAGCAACGAUUGGUUCGAUGUAUCCACGGCCGGUUUCUUAACGUUCGGUCACAUCGACUAUAGCGGCGUGGCUAGAACCGUUCAUGUGCGCGGCAGUGGGAUGCAACAGAUCAUCAUCUUCUCCUCCCGAGCACUGCCAAUCGCGCCUUCGGACGCCUCGCGAGAGGAACGCAAAGAACUUCAGAAGCAGCUACUCACCGGUAUUACCGAGCUGGCCCAGGCGGCAAACAACAGCAAUCUCGAAACGCGCGCAGAGGCGCGGGCUCGCAAAGGCAAGGCAGCGGAAACGGGCUCCAAGGACGGAGAUGUCCCGUCGACAAGUUCGAUUGCAAAUCCAGACAAGAUAGACGGAUGCAUCCUCGAGCUUCGGCCAGGGAUGAAAUUGUACCAGCCCUCGGGAACAGUGUUCGCUACCUAUACUCCUGUUCCCACCGCGACCGCCGGGAAACGUUUCUUUACCUAUGGCGACCUCCACCGUGUCGAGCUAUUUCGCAGGGUCCAGUAUUCGAAGGAUGGACGAAAGAGGAAUGAGCACAACUGCGGCGUGCAGCUCACGCUGAUGGCGAUGGCCGCCGGCCUUCCAUCGCGAACCGCGAACAAAGAAGGCAAGCUCACCCAUCUUUGA